AUGGAGUUCAACGACAUCCACCUGAACAUGAUCUGCAACCCCCAAAGCGGUGCAACUAAGGUGGAUAUCAUGGCUAAAAUGUCAAAACGAAGCAAAAGUAUGAAGUCAACCCACAAUCAAUCUUCUGAUACGCGUAUUGGAGGGAUUGACCUCAACAAUGAUGAGUCAUAUGAAAUUCCAACUCGUUCUAUGGGACGAAACAAAACAAAAAAGAAAAGCUUAAAGGUGCUCAAAGCUCAUCGACUGAUGUGGAGGAGAUUAGGGACGAUUUCCAAAGGUUGGACAAUAAGCUUGAUGCUUUCUUAG